AUGGCGUUCCUGCGGCAGGUCGUCGCGACCGUCUCCCUUUUCUUGCUUGCUGGCGCCCUGGUGCAACUGGGCACGGUCGCUCCUUCGGCUGUGGGCGCGGAGAGACUUUCUUCGCCUCUCUCUCCCUCCGCACGCCGUCACAGUCAUCUGUGGCUAGGCGCCGCCGCGCACGGCGGCGGACUGAGUUUCCUGCAGCGUGGAAAGGGCCGCCGCCGUGGCGGUAGGAACGCUGGCGAAGACGAGGAGGAUGACGGCGAUAGAGGGAGUCAGUCUAGACAGGGCGAGGACGAUCACCUGGACGAGAAAUCGAGUCAGUCUAGAACAGGAGACAAAGACGGAGAGGCUGCGGACGACGAAGGCAGCCAGGCGGAAGCCGACCGUGACGAAGAAGGAAGUCACCGGCACAGCCACAGCGACGACGGCGAAGAAGUCGAAGAGGAACCCGCGGCUCAGCACGGCGGAGACGAGCAAGGCCAGGCGGAAGACCUGGAGUCGGCGGGCUCUGCCGCCCACCACUCCGCGUCCGACAAGGGGAGUGUCUCAGGCAAGAGUGGGGAGUCUGGCAGGUCGCAUGCAGACGAAGAAGAAGCAGACCAAGGCGAGUCAGGACGCGCACAGGAGGAGGAGGAGGCGCUACACGCGGCAGCGGACGGCUCGAAGCGCGCAGGGCGACCAACUAGAGACGAGGAGGACGAAGAAGGAGGCAGGACCUCCGCUGGUGAAGAAGAGGCCUUUGAGCGCGACAGCCACGGCGUGAAAAGCAAGGCUGCCAAGCGAGAUGAUUUCGAUGAGGGCUCCCAGCAGUCCUCUCGGAGUGAGAAGCAUGGAGGCGCUUCAGAGGACGAGUCACGCAGAGAGCACGACGAGGAGGGGGACUCGACGCGAGAGCUCUCGCAUGAAGACGAAGGGCAUUCGUCUGGGGGAAAAAGAGGUCGGACGAAGAAACGACGCCUCGAAACAGGGGAAGAAGAGGAUGAGGACGAGUUUUCUUCCCAGCGACGACACCGGAAGAGCGGAGGAAAGGUGCCCAAACGCAAACAUGCCAAGGAGGCGCCAGCGCCCAAGGCCUCUGCCGCCGAGCAUCAAGCCCCUGUUGAUCCUGACGCGCCAUUCCUCGGAUACAAAAAUCGCGCCGACGUGUGCUUAGCUGUGGGAUGCAGAACGGCUCACGGGUCGAACUCUGAUGAUGCGAUCCAAGGCUGUUCCCCCGUUGUCGAGUGCGCCGACUGUUCCGGUACCCCCGCCGAGGCUACUUCCAAGAGCUGCCGCCGCUGGCGACUCUCAAGCGCAAAUGAAAUCGUCCUUGCGAAUGGCAUCUUCAAAAUUCCAAGUGGUGCUAUGAAGGACGGCGACCAUAUCCGCGUUCGAAUAGCCUGGGACCGGGAGGUUGCGUCGGGCGUCAACGUGUGCGCGCCGGACGUUCGUCAGGUCGCCGCUCUGGUGAAGGGAACAGGUUCGGGCGCCAACUUUUCCAUCUACCGCACGGCCGCUGUUCAGCUGACGGCUCAGAGGUCGGCGGAGAAGCCUGCCCGUAAGAGGGGACAAACGAAGGCGAAUGAAGCCGCGUCAGUUGCGUUUUCGGUGCAGCUGCCUGCCAAAGACGGACGGUCAGCAGCCCACUCGCAGGUCCCCGCCCUCCAGCCUGUCUGCCUCGCUGACGAGUCCAGCAUUGGCCCGGUAGAUCUGGAGCCCAAUGGGCUCAGCAGCUUGUUCGCCGCAAGCUGGUUUAGCUUUCCCGCUGCCACGACCUCCGCACUCUUGACGAAGGAAAUUAUGCUCGCAUUCCACUGCAAGGGAGAUAAUUGCGCCACGGAAGUUGUGACUGGCUGUGUCCGCCUUCUAUGUCCGGCGACGCUGCCCCAGGUUGAGGCGAAGCUUCUUGUCAAGGCACCGGCUGCAUCAGCGCCCACCCUCCCUCAAACGGCGGCUGGCUACCCUGUGGUUGCAGGCUACCCCAUGUGGGGCUUUCAGCCAACUUCCAUGGUUCCGGCGUUCCGAGGGAUGCAGCCUACGCCGAUCGCCGGCAGGAUCCCUCUGGGAACUGCAGCGCGACCCGUCGGCAUGGGGCCUGGACGCUUUUUCGGAAUGCCUCGAUGA